GCGUCUCGCGAGUCCAAAAGGGAUCAUCCGCGCUCUGUGAAUACUCUUCACAGAGAACCUCUGCGAGAGGACGGCCUGCGGGGAGCCAGCGUUUCGUUGAGUGAUUCCACGGGCGUCGACCGUCGGAAUGUCCGCAACAGACUGGGAUGCAGAACCUGUCGAACGGGAAAAUGUCGCCGCCUUAGAGAUAGAGGGCGUUAUCGAGAGCAAUUACGAUGAGGUUGUCGACUCAUUCGAUGACAUGUCGCUCCGUGAGGAACUCUUGCGAGGCAUAUACGCCUACGGUUUCGAGAGGCCGUCCGCAAUCCAGCAGAGAGCUAUCCUUCCUUGUGUGAAAGGUCAUGAUGUUAUUGCACAAGCGCAAUCGGGAACUGGGAAAACGGCGACGUUCUCCAUUUCGAUACUACAACAGAUUGACGUAUCUGAUCCUGCCUGUCAAGCUCUGAUCCUUGCACCGACUCGGGAACUCGCGCAGCAGAUCCAAAAGGUCGUCAUAGCUCUCGGUGAUUACAUGAACGCGAACUGCCAUGCGUGCAUCGGUGGCACUAAUGUGAGGGAAGAUAUGCGGAAGCUCGAAACGGGCGUCCACGUGGUUGUUGGAACCCCGGGUCGAGUGUUCGACAUGGUACAAAGAAACUCUCUCAGACCAGACAAAAUCAAGAUCUUUGUGCUCGAUGAGGCCGAUGAAAUGCUGUCUCGAGGUUUCAAAGAUCAGAUUCAUGAUGUGUUUCGUCUGUUGCCGCACAACAUCCAGGUGAUUUUGUUGUCCGCUACAAUGCCGCAAGAUGUACUAGAAGUGACCAAAUGUUUCAUGCGCGACCCGAUCCGUAUCCUCGUCAAGAAAGAAGAACUCACUCUGGAGGGAAUAAAACAGUUUUACGUGAACGUGACCAAAGAAGAAUGGAAGUUUGACACUCUAACCGACCUCUAUGAGACUCUGACAAUCACUCAGGCCGUGAUUUUCUGCAAUACAAGGAGGAAGGUCGACUGGUUGACACAGCGAAUGACCGAGAGAGAUUUCACCGUGAGCGCCCUGCACGGAGACAUGACUCAGCAAGAGAGAGACGUCAUCAUGAGAGCCUUCAGAUCGGGCUCAUCCCGAGUGCUCAUCACAACCGAUCUGCUCGCGCGUGGAAUCGACGUUCAACAAGUUUCACUAGUCAUCAACUUCGAUGUGCCCACUAACAGGGAGAAUUAUAUUCACAGGAUCGGUCGCGGUGGUCGCUUCGGACGAAAAGGCGUCGCAAUAAACUUCAUCUCCGAUGAAGACAAACGUACGCUCAAGGAUAUUGAGCAGUUCUAUAACACUGAUAUCGAGGAGAUGCCAAUGAACGUUGCCGAUCUGAUCUAG